AUGGCGGCACUGGACCCGAAUGCGUGGUACCGCCUUUCGGAAACGCGCGUCGACAAUAGUACCGGACCCUUCGCUCUCAACCUCAUUCUUCGAGAUGUCGGCCUGCGAGUGCAUCCCAUAACCGACGGCACGGCCGCCUGGCAGUUCCAACCGUUCGGCGACGUCAAAGGCCGCUAUCUUAUGCGCCUCGACCAGGCGGGCGUGAAGCAGCAGUUGGGAGUGUGUUACGAUGCGAAAGAGCCCGCGGUUGGGGCCACUGUGGCGUGCCUGCAGGAUUCGUCAACGGACGACUCUCAGAUUUGGGACAUAACAACAUGGGAAGGAAGACCGGGCGAGUACAAAUUGGCCAACGUCGCCAACGGCACCAGCUACGUGCUCGAUGUGCACCCCAAGGCCAAUCUCUUUCUGAAUAAGGAUGUAGAGGGUUCGGCGGGCGUGGCGGAGACGCAGCCUGGGCAGCACUGGGUCAUUUCGAGUGUCAGCGCCGUCAACGACGGAGCGUAUUCAACCAUUUAUUCCACCAGCGUGGCGGUGAGCACGAACUCGGCGACACUCCCCACUGCUUCGACGGCCUCGGGCGCGACAGCUACAUCUAAGGCGACGACCACGACCGCAUCACAAACAGGCGCAGCGACAUCGACCGGCGGAGCGAGCACAUCCACUGCGGCGGCGAUAUCAACAUCAAGGGGUAUUUCCCCGGUGCUGGAGCGGGAAUAG